GAUCAAUUUCUACCUUUUCUGGAGAAUACACUCAUAACAUUGAUUUUGACCCAGCUGGUACAGAUAAUAAAUGAGAUUUAUUUAAAGCUAAAAUAUGAGAUAUUGGCGCAUACAUAAUCAGACAGUUGGCCCUUAUAUCGAAAUGGCUCGCAGCACUGCAUGAAGUUGCGCAAGAUACUAAUCCGCUUUAAAUAAUAUCAGUUUCGUGUAUUAAAAUCGCGUCAUUAUUUUCUCGUUUCAGGAAUUAACGAAGGAAGUGGUUACAAAGCGGAUUGAUUCUCAUAUUUCAUAUUGCUUUCGAUCAAUUUUACCUUACCAAAGUGGUAAAAAUUAAAUCGUAAAUAUAAACAUUUUAAACGUCCGAAUAAAACGUACGUACAUAUCAAAUUCUGUACUGUUCUGAUAGCAGGGAGCAACACGAUAAAAGUAUAAUAACAAACUGAAGAAUAUUGUGUCUAUAAAUAAUGUUUGAUACAGUAUAAAUAGCGUCGAAAUAAUGUUUCCAACAUUCUGUGCAAGUAUCGCGUAGAAAAGUUCGCGGUAUAACAAUUCGCUGUAUAAUAAUUCGAACGGACAACCGUGUUUCCAAAAACAACCGUGUUCGAGAAAGAUAUCGCUAAAUAAUCCUCGAGAUGUGCAAAUAAUAUCCAGUUGCAUAAAAUACUGGACAUUAGUGGUGAAGAAAGGUAACUGGGAGGGAAUCCCGCGGUCCGCAGUCACCGCGAUAAUCAUCCCCCUAGUGUAUCGCGCUAUAGUCCCAUCCGCUGGUUCUUUGGUUUAAGCCCCGUUUGAUUAAAACUUCCCGGUUACGAGGGAGAAAUUACAUUUUAAUUAUACAUGGUUAAUCAGCGAACACGCUUCACGCUCCGACACACCGUUAGCUUGCUGUUUAGCGUUUAAUGGACGCGUAUAAUCUACGAGGGAAUACGCCGAAUUUUCUAACGCGUCGUUGCCAGGUACUACUGUGAAAAUGUGUCCGUAGAGUGUGAUCGCGAGUCUAUUAAAAAGAUACAAUAGUCUUGAGAUUAAACUUCGUCAAUGCAGGUUGAACGUUGUUUUCACGAAUAUUUUAUCUCACGGUGAUAAAGUGAUAGUGAACUGAAAAGAAUUUUCAUUACGAUGGCUAGGAAAAGUGUUGGUCAUAAACAAUGCUGUUUUUCUGAGGUUUUAGUUCGAAACAAUGGGAGACGUUACUAUCGGACUUUUGAAAAGUUGGAAUAGAAAAUUUAGCAGGAAAAGGUAGUGAAUUAUAAAAAAUACGAGAAAAUUCAUCACUGGUCGAUUGGUGAAAGAUAAUUGUUUUUUGUUUUUUAACUGUUAACACGAAAGCUGAAAACCGCACUACUUAUGGCAGGAUGACCUAUAUUCGCAUGCCAUUGUAUUUACUGUAGCAUUCACUUACUAAUUAAUUCGGUCCAAGUGUAUUAAAUUUCGAGUCAUUUGGUAGUACAGGUGGUUGCCGAGUUUACGAAUUAAUUGGUUGCUAGUGACGUUUCGUGUAUCGGCAAUUUGUACAGCGAGAAUGUAUUUGCCUGAGAAUUAAUACUGUUAGCGAGAGUUACGUUCAGUAAAAAGAAAUAUAUAAAAUAUAAAAUAUAUAUUAAGGAAUAAGAAAGGAUUACUAGUGUAAGAUUUACAUGUUUAUAAAAUAACACGAGACAUUUUAAAUUAAAAACAGAAAUUUAACUGAAAGACGGAAAUUUUAAAUUAAAAAAGAUUUUUUUUGAAGAAGAAUUAACUCGCUGCUUCGUCACCGGAAGAAUCGGCAGCUGUCGGGGUAGUAGAAGAUGUAUUAAAAAUCUCUCAUGUAUUUUUUUCUUUUCUUUGAGAAAAAAUUGCUCCCAGUCACCUUUGCCAUGGGCAAUAUAAAGUAAAAAUUCCGAUUAAAAAAUUUGUAAAGCCAAAUGUUCGCAAAACGAGAAUUCGUAACGCGAAAAUUACAGUGGCGGAUAAAAGGAAGUUUAAAAUUGUCACACUGAAUUCCACUAAUUUUUGUACCAAAAAUUCUUUAUUAUAUUGCUAGCGGUCCUCGAUUAUGUGAUAUAUAUUAUAUUUAACCACUGUUCUCAUUAAACAUAAAUCCAUUUUGCGCAAUUAUGUUGUCUUUUUAUACUUCUUAUUUUAUACAAUUUCCUUCGUUCAUCAUUGUAGCUGCACUCUCUUACGACCACAAAAAUUUGAUACUGCAAGAAUGGAACAUCGAAUCUGGUAAAAAAAUAAAAAAACAAAAGAAAAGAAUGGAAUGUCCCGCAGCAUUGAACAACAUCUUGGGCAGUGGAUUCUGCACAUGAAAGCAAUAAAAAAAAAAAAGAAAGUUCAUUGUCCUCAUGCGCAGAAUCCAUCGUCGAAGUGAUUUCCCGAUACUGCGAGACACCCCGUAUAUCGUGUAUGAAAGUCGGUUUUCUCUUUCGUUUUUCUUCUUGUGCGAAUCUGCGGCGCAUCGUUGCAGUAGCGCACAUUCUUUGGUGACGGGUUCGUCUCGGAUGAUGGAUCGAACGAAAUGGAUUCGUGACGUUCUUCACGCAUUACGACAAAUCCGGUGCAUUUUUCUUCCUGCUCUGUCAAGGUCUUUGUUCCGCGAUCCUUUUAGCGCAAACUAUGCCAGUGAAAUAUCAUCGUUGGCUCUGUGGGCGAUAAUCGCGAUCGCACAUAACACGAUUCUGUCGCAGAUACCGGAAAGGAGAAGAAUGGACGGAAAUUGUGCAAAGUGCAGCGUACGGAUUGAACAUACGAAAGCAUGCACGCCAGCGUGUAAGGGGUGUCAAAAAUUGACAGAAGAAGAAGAAGAAGAAGAAUAAGAAAUCAGCAUCCAGUCAGUUGAGGCUAACACGUGAUCUAGGUGUGUUGAUUAUAUUUUCAUGUAUUCCUCAAUGCAUAUAUCGUAGUCAAAUUUCUUUCUAUCAUAAAUAAAAUAGAAACAGAGCAAGCAAAAAUCUUAAGGACAAAAUAGUUAACGCUCCAUGGUACGUCAGAAAUGAAGACAUACGAAAAGAUUUAAAAAUCCCAACAG